AUGAAGGGAAAGUCUGAACGGACAGUCAUCAUUGCGGGAGGAGGCAUAUCCGGCCUUUCCCUCGCCAAUAUGCUAGAAAGGGCUGGCAUACGCUACGUUUUGCUAGAAUCUCACGACGAAAUCGCACCACAGGUUGGCGCAAGUAUCGGACUUCAGUCAAGUGGACUUCGUAUCCUUGAUCAGCUUGGUUGCGCCGAUGAGCUUAUGUCACUGGUUGACAUUCCACUAAACAAUACCUACAUACGAUAUCCCGACGGUUCAGUGAUCAAGCAUCAUAGCAGUGUCCAAGAUCAUUUGAUUGAGAGACACGGCUAUCCCACUAUCUUCAUCGACAGGCAGAUGCUGAUGCAGGUUCUUUACAACAAGCUCGAAUCAAAAGCCUCAGUACAGCCUGGUCAGAAAGUGGUUUCAGUUCUGGAACUAGACAACGGCAUUCAGGUUACGACAGACAAAGGCAAGGUUUUCGAAGGAGAUAUUCUCGUCGGGGCCGAUGGGAUCUACAGUAACGUCCGAAUGGAAAUGUGGCGCAUUGCAUCGCCAGGUUACUUUCCUGCUGACGAGUGGUCGAGAGUACCGUGCUACUACAAGUGCAUAUUCGGCAUCUCACGCCCCCUUGAGGACCUCAUCCAAGGUAGCCACUACGUCUACAACGACAAAUUCUCUUAUCUGGUUUUGGUCGGACCUGGAGGGAAGUUCUACUGGUUCCUAUUUGUCAAAUUGCCUAUUCCUCUUUACGGUCGUGAUAUACCGAGAUACACAAAGGUUGAUGAGGAGGAACUGGCCGCACAGCAUGCAUCCGAUCGCAUCACUCCCGAAGUCACUUUCGGUCAACUGUAUGGAGCUAGAACUAGCUCUACUCUGACGCCGCUCCAUGAAUAUGUUUUCGAAAGGUGGCAUUAUAAACGCAUCAUCACCAUCGGCGAUGCUGCUCACAAGUUUGAACCUCUAACUGGCCACGGAGGUAACUCUGCCAUUGAGACUGCCGCGUCUCUUGUGAACCAUUUGACCUCAGACGAGUGUUCAGACUGGAGCAAUGUACAAAUCGAAGCCGCCUUUGCCGCUGUACAAGAAGAGCGUUUCCGGAGAGUUCAAUGGCUCGUCAACGACGCGCACAAAACACAGCAAAUGCAGGCUAUGGCAACACCCUUCCUAGCAACUAUUGGUCCAAUCUUGGCUCGUCUAUCAAGCACCCAAACUGUACUUGAACUUGGCGCUCGCAAAUUCAUCGGUGCAACACGAAUCAGUAGCAUUCCUGUACCUCAACGGGAACACACAAUCCCAUUCAACGAUGAGCUACCGUCGCAACCUCUUUCGUGGACCUGGCUUCCUACAGGUCUAGGGAUUAUAGGCCAGGCAGCGAUAUUCCGCCUCGCGACACAGAUUCUUAGACCAUUGGAGAUUCCUACCACUUUUGGCGGCGAGCCUCUGGUGAAGCAUUACACAGGGCUUGUGACCUUGGACAAGAUCUUGACACACUUGGUUGCUGUGUUUGGAGUCCCUCUUGCUUCCGGGAACAUGGCGGCGAACCUGCAGUGGAUUUCUUUUACGCCAUUGCUAUUGUCUACUACGCUCGACUGGACUUUGGAGAGCUAUCGAGUUGGUUCAAAGGGUCUUCUUACUUCUUUUUCGUCGAUCUUUAGCACAAUCUACCAAAUAAAGGCGGUCGGACGCAUUGCACCUCUGUAUCACUUAAUUUCAGUGUGCGAGAGCAUUUUCAAGGGCUCUGUCACUCCAACAACGGACCGUUCGAUCGACAAGGAAGUGCUCGAGUCUUUCGUACCCGGCAUAGCCCUUGGAUACAUCAUGCCCACUGCGCUGAUGCUCUGGCCCUUCAAGAACAAGGCAACUUGGCAGGGGUUUACUGCGCUUUGGCAGCCAUUCCCCGUUUAUGUUGGUCUCAUUACUGCUGGUUUCUCAACAGCUCUACGCAGACAGAGGAUUGGAAACGUGGUGACUCGGCCUCGGCCGAAAACCUCGAAAGAGGUUUCCAACAGGAAACGAAAGGCCGAAACUCAGUCGCUACUGAGAUCUGUUUACGCGGUGGGAACCGCAGCUACGGCACUUGUCCAUUUUUAUACACUUUACCGCACGGCAUCAACUCCAAGACUCAGCUUUCCUGGUGUUUUCGGCAGUAUCAGAUACUUAGUAUCUGGUGCAUCUCCGUCUGAUCCUUCAGACAAGAUUCAUGUAUUCCUGCAGCGCGAUAUGUUCUUGAACGCGGUUUCUGUUCUUGCCAAUAGUUUUUACCGAACGCUUGAUCUGCGGCGCUUAGGAUACAUCACUAGUAAGGAAGCUUUGACGACUUCUUUAGCAGUAUUGGUAGCGCAACCGGUGCUUGGGCCGGCUGCAACUCACAUUGCAUUUGUUGGGUGGAGAGAGGAGAUGUUCAUGAGGAUUGAUAGACGGAUCAGUGCAUACAACUAG